AUGUCAUCAUCAUUUGAAUUUAUUAGACAAAAUGUCGAAACUGAUCUUAAGAAAUCGGAGUGGAAUACUCAAAAAAUUCGUGAAGUUAUUAAUAAAAAUAACUCACCAGAAUAUCGUACAGCAGUUGAACAUGCAUUUCGAUCUGUUCUCUUCGGUCUUAUGGAACAACAAUUUGAAACAACACAUGGUACAAAUCUUGAUGAUAUGGAAACUUCAACAUUUGUUACUGAUCAAUUCUUAACAAAUGUUCGAAAUUUAAUUGGAUUUGCUAUCGAUGCUGUUCAUAAUGAACUUGCUGCAGCAACAAUGCCUGUUUAUCUAUUCAAUGAUUUAUUUACUUAUACAACAAUUGAUAUCAGUGAACGAAUAUUUGUUGUUAUGGAAGAAAAAGCUUCAAUAUGGCGAUCACCAAUCUUUUUUCAAUCUGUUAAAAAUGUACUUUUAAGAAUGUGCAAUGAUUUAUUAAAACGUUUAUCAAAAACUCAAAAAACUGUCUUUUCCGGACGUAUUUUGACAUUUUUAGCACAACUUUUUCCGCUUAAUGAAAAAUCUGGUUUGAAUCAAAUAGGUCAUUUUAAUACGGAAAAUGUUACAAAACUUACUAAACCUAAACAACCAAUGACACCAAUAGAAGAACCAGAAAAAGAAAAAAAGAUGGAAGUCGAUGAAGAUGGUGAAAUUCAUGAUUUACAUCAAAAAAGUUCAGCUGAAUUUUAUACUAAUUUUUGGAUAUUACAAGAUUUUUUUUCAAAACCUUUUCAACUAUGGGAACGAACGUCAUGGAAUACUUUUGUACAUAAUACAAAUCAAGUACUUGAUGUUUUUACAAAUAGUCAAUUAGAUAAUGUUAAAACUGUUGCUUCAUUAGAUGAUACAUUCUUUGCAAAAUAUUUAACAAGUGAAAAAUUAUUAGAAUUACAAUUGAAUGAUGUAACAUUUCGACAAAAUAUACUUGUUCAAUUUCUUAUUAUAUUUCAAUAUCUUGUUUUACCUGUAAAAUUCAAACAACCACAACAAACACUUAAUGAAGAACAAUCUCAAUGGAUUAAAAAGACAACAAAUCAAAUUAAUGAUUUAUUAAAACAAACUGGAACAAAUGCUGAUGUAUUUACUAUUUGUAUUCAGAAUAUACUCAAACGAGAAGAAAUGUGGAAUCUUUGGAAAAAUAACGGUUGUCCAGAUUUUUCCAAACCUAAACUUAAUUUUCAGAAAAAAAAUUCCAGUCACACUUAUGCACCAUAUCGAUUAUCUGAUAAUAUUCGACAAUCCAUACAACAAGCAUCAAAACGUCGUGCAAUGAAUUUUGAAGAAUUAAGAAGUUCCAGUCAACAAUUUAUUCCAUCUAUUCGUGAAUUUUUUGAACCAAUUAUUGAACAACUUCAAACAGUUUCAUUAAAAGUAUCAACAAAUGAUUCUAAUGAUAAUAAAGAACAACCAACAAAAGAACUUGAAAAAGAACGUGAAAAACUUUUACAACAAGAUCCAUCACUUAUUUGGCGUGCAUUACGUUUAUUAGCACGUCAAUCACCAUAUUUUUUUGUUCAUAAUACUCAAACAGUACCAAGUAUGGCACAAUUUCUUGUUUCAACAUGUGAAAAAAUUCGACGUGAAUAUAUAACAUUAUCAACAACAACAACAACACCAAUGACAUUAGCUGCUCCAACACCUCCACCAGCAACAUCAACAACAAAUACUGUAGAUGAUGAAGAAGAUACAACAAUGGAUGAUGAACCACUUGAAAAUCCACCAAGUACAGAUGAAACAACGAAUACUGAUCAAGAAAUUGAAGACGAAACAACAACAACAACAACACCUUCGAUACCUAAAGUCGAAGAAGAUGAUGAUGAUGAUAAUCGUGAAAGACGAUUUUCAUCAACAAAACGGACAACCAAAUAA